CACAAAAAUAAUAAUUAAGAGAAUAAAAACUUACGAAAUGUCUACGUUUUUAGUACAUAUAUAAGUAAAAAUUUUCGCGCUUUAAUACACAGGUAUUUCGUUAGCUUUUCGUGAAGUUUGUCUUUCCGUUUAACUCGAAAUGGCUCCAACUCCAAAAUCGUCAGGCAAAGCGAUGAAGAAGUCCGGCAAGGCGCAGAAGAACAUCACUAAAUCCGACAAAAAACGCAAACCUAAGAGGAAAGAAUCUUACGGUAUUUAUAUUUACAAAGUGUUGAAACAAGUGCAUCCCGAUACCGGUGUGUCUUCCAAAGCAAUGAGCAUCAUGAACAGUUUUGUCAACGAUAUUUUCGAACGUAUUGCUGCCGAGUCUAGCCGUCUCGCCCAUUACAAUAAGCGUUCUACGAUCACCAGUCGGGAAAUACAGACUGCUGUCCGUUUAUUAUUGCCCGGUGAACUGGCAAAGCACGCCGUUAGUGAAGGUACCAAGGCCGUAACUAAGUACACCAGUUCUAAGUAAAUUUACGAAUUGCAGUAUUUUGAACGAUUAAAACGGCCCUUAUCAGGGCCCAACAAAUUAAUGUCAAAUAAUGCCUUUUUUUAUGAUUACUAGCGAUGGGAAUAAUCGAGUGAGAUUCAUUCGAUUAAAAUAAUCGAAAAACAUUUUGAUUUUCAUAAUCGAAUUAUUUAUUCGAUAUACUAAACAAGUAGAUAAGAAACACUCAUUAUACCGUGCAAAUUCAUACUAAUUUAGAUUCCGAGCAGUAACACUCAUUAUAUUCAUUAAAUC